AUGAACUUCAACUCUCAGGAGCAGGCCAUAGGUGGGCUAACGACUACAUUGGUCCGUUUCAUGUCCGGCCAGGAGGUUUGGAUAACAAAGGUUAAAUCACUCGAAUGCCAAUUGACUAGUAAAGUUACACCCGAUGAGCGACUUGAUGAGGUACUCUGGUUCGAGCUUCUUCCAUCUCUCGUGUCCUCCAGUACCCUCAUAACGCCCUAA